UGAUGAGUGUGCAGCCACCUGGGCAGCAGAAAAUCUGAAGGCAAGCAGCAGUGAGUCCUUUGGUGUUUGGCACAAAAGGAUUAGCAGCUUUCUCUCAGUGUUUUUCUAGGGAAAUACGUAGCACUUGGAAAUGUCAUAAUAGACAGUUCCUAUCAGAAUACUGAAGCUGGGACCUCAGUCUUUUGUUUCCACUAUGAGGGUUAGCAUGAAAUGCAUCAGGAGUAGCUGACGUAACAUUUCCUUAGUAGUACCUCAAGCUUUCAUAAUUCACCAUAGCAUUUCACUGAUGUUAACAGAGUAAAAUGUGCAGUAGAUUUAGUCAAUGUCAUGAAGUUUCCAGCCUUGUUCUCCGCAAUUAUCUGUUACAAGGCCGGAUUCUUCUUUUGCAGGGGACAGACAGGAUCAGGUUGGUAGACAUUUGGGGGAAAAAAAGGAGAUUAUUCAAAGCAGAGGAUCCCUUUAGAAAAGCGUGCUGGAAUACAGCCUUGCAGCAUUUCCAGAAGACAGCUAGAUUUUUGGUUCCUCAGCCAAAUCUCACCGAUACUGCAUACAAAAAUCAGACCUCAGUGUCAAGGACUGUGAGCUACACCCCUGAGUAACUAAAAUACUUCCCCAAACUGACUGACGGUGACACAAUCCUGACUCAGUCAGUGCCAAUAUCAUUUAAGGUCAGCAGUAGCACAGUGCUUUGGAACCUUUUUUGCAUGAAUCCAUUCAUCAGUAUUCAUUAUCAUCAAUACAGAGCCAGGCACGAGGAUGAAGCGGAGAGGCUUACAGUCAGCAGGAUUUGCUGUUGUUUCUUUAAAAAAUAAAAGCUGUGGCUGCAGGGCGUCGGCGAUGGGGGAGGAGGCUGCAGUACCAUAGGAGCCAGUGGGCUGAUGGGGCUGCACAGAGAUGUCUGGUGUGGUCUGAGUGAGACGGGCAGCAGCGCAAGUGGACUCCUCUGUAAUUACGCUGGCUUUGUUUCUCAGAAAAAAAAAAAAAAAGAAACUGUAGUACAAACGUAGCGUUGUUUCUCACUUCCGUGAAGCCACCAUGUCUGUGGCUCGCACCUCUGGAAGUGUGCUAGGUGCAAUGUAUUCAGACUGUUCGUGCUCAUCUUUCAGUACAGUACAGUUGUGCACUAAGCUGUAUUACAAACAGCACGAGCUGUCCAGCCCGAGCCGGAAGGAACAGCUGAGAAGAGGCGGCUGUCUGGGUCAGCCUCUUCACCCUCCCAGCAGCUGUUUCCACACGAGUAUACGACCUCCCAGGCCCAGCAGCCGCCCCAUGGGUGCCGUUCCCAACCCCUGCGAGCCCCAGCACCACCAGGCGGCAGCUGUGCUGAGGAGGCGGCCUGGUUGCCGCCCAGGCUGUCGGGAGGCGGUGGCGUCAGCCCCGCUGGGGCCGCGCCCUCCUUCCCGGCUGGCCCGUGUCAGUCCCCGGGGAUUUAACCCCCGGGGCGGCGCCGGGUGGGGAGACAGGCGCCGCUCCAAGAGGCGCGAUGCGGCCGCGGGGAGGGUUCGGCCCGGGCCCGGUGUGGGCACAGCGUGUGCGGCAGCUGGAGCAGAGAGCGCGAACCCAAGAAGAAAGAAUAGUUGCCCUGGAAACUGAAAAUGCUGCUCUCCAUCUAAAACUUGCAGCGUAUCAAGGAUGGGCUGGAAGAAGCGUUAAUGAGAUACUGCAGCUCUACUCCGCUCAUGGGCAGCAGCAGAAGUUGCAGAGGAGUUCUGUUGUAAGUCACCUACAUGAAGCAAUAAAGAGGCUUAAGCAAGACAUGAAGAGCCUCCAUUCAUUUGCUCUUGAGCUUUCAAAAGACAUUCAGCGUCAGUACAAAGUUUGUCUUUACCAAGUUUUGACAGCAGUCCAAGGGAUACAGCUGCAAAAUGAAGCAAUGCAAAUGUUUCAGAUGAAGGCUUUUGAUCUUGAGCAGUCCCUGCAAGAGGUGACAGAGAGAUACGAGAGAGAAAAGCAGAAGAGGAGGGCUCUACAUAACAGCUUAGUUGAGCUGAGAGGGAAUAUCAGAGUCCAUUGUAGGAUCCGACCAUCACUGCCUUUUGAUCAUGCUGCUGGACAUUCAGUAUCACAAGAUAGGCAAAGAAACUCUCUAGAAAAUGUGGCAUACGCCAUUGAUGAUGAAACUGUCCUUGUAAGGUGUAGCCGUCCUGGUCAUGCACCAAUAAACAAGACUUUUCAGUUUGAAAGAGUUUACAGUGCUACUGAGUCUCAGGACACAGUGUUUGCAGAUGUGGCGCCUUUGCUAACAUCUCUCCUGGAUGGGUACAAUGUGUGUAUUAUGGCUUAUGGACAGACUGGAAGUGGGAAAACAUACACAAUGUUGGGACCACAGUUAGAAGAGAACUUUGCACUUGUCGAUGAAGAUGAAUCAGAGCUUGGAAUUAUUCCUCGUGCUACCCAGGAACUGUUCAGACUUAUUUCAGAAAAGCCACCAGGAAGUUACUGGGUUGAGGUUUCUGUUGUAGAAGUGUAUAAUAAUGAAGUUUUUGAUCUUCUGGCCAAAGACAGUUGUGGAAAAGUAUUUGGCAUCAAACGUGACGUCAUCACAACCAGAGAAGGAAAAAGUGAUGUUCCAUUGCUUACGUAUGAGACUGUUGCAAACACAUCUGAAUUUUUGCACCUAGUUAUCAAAGGCCUACAGCUAAGAGUCAGGCACCCAACACUGGUGCAUGCUCAUUCCUCUCGUUCCCAUCUGGUGGUUACAUUGACCAUAAACACAGUUGUCUCUGGAGAUAACGUCGGUACUUCAUGUGACGAUGAACAAAUCAAUCUGAGACUGAAUAAAGAGGUUUCCUGCACCUAUGCACAAAAAACAAGAGACAGUAAAUCUACCUCUUCUUCUAGAGCUUCUUCACCAGCACAACUUGAAGCAGCAGAGAAACUGAAGCAAGUUAAAACUAGACUGCAGCUGGUAGAUCUGGCUGGCAGUGAGUGUGUAGGAAUGUCUGGAGUGACAGGCGCAGCACUGAGGGAAACAUCGUUUAUCAACCGCAGCUUGUCUGCCCUAGCAGAUGUCCUUGGAGCAAUAGCAGAACAGCGAUCUCAUGUACCGUAUCGAAACAGCAAACUUACACAUCUGCUCCAGGACUCUGUAGGAGGUGAUGCUAAACUGCUGGUAAUGCUGUGCAUCUCUCCCAGUCAGAAGUACUUAACAGAAUCAGUGCAGUCUUUGGGAUUUGGAACUCGUGCUCGGCAAGUUCAGAGAGGACAAAUCAAGAAAAGAAAUCUCCCAGUGCUGACUAAAACAAAAUAAAAUGUAAGACCCCUGUGGAUUAAAGCAUUAUUAAUGAGUU